CCCGCCAUUGGGCCUUGCACUGAUGAGUUGUGCUCCGACACACGUCAUAGCUCAAUUCACUCCGUGCCGUAUAAGAAGAGGGGCCUCGCUCACUUGCGAGUUGUGCGCAAGCAACCCUCAUCUGAACCACUUCUUGCUUUUCAAACAGAAAGUCUGUCACCAGAGGUAAGUUCUAGAAAGAGCCACUCCGAAGAUCAACAUCAGCAUGUCUUCCCAAGGCCUGCCUCACACAAACGACGGAGCUGGAACCUCUCCGAUCUCUUCUCGUCCGCGCCGUAUCAUGAGCGAAGAGGUGGCAGAAGCUCUCGGCGCCUUUACCAUCAUUCUCUUUGGCGCUGGCUCUCAGUGCCAGGUGCAACUUUACCCUUCAGCUGGUGGCUAUAUCGUAAACGUCUUGGGUUGGGCAGUGGGUGUGAGUUUAGGCGCCUACAUUGCCGGCGGCAUUUCUGGAGGUCAUAUCAACCCAGCCGUCACCAUUGCCAUGGCCGUCUUUCGCGGCUUUCCCUGGUCCAAGGUCCCUCGCUACAUCAUCGCUCAGACGAUCGGCUGCAUGCUCGCGGCACUGCUCGUCCACCUCAACUACUCGCAAGCCAUCAGUGCCCUCGCCGACCACCAAGAGGGCAGCAGUAGCGGCAGUGGCGGCGCUCUCCUCGCCAAGACAGCAUGGUCUGCGGUCGGCAAGCAUUCGGCCGCUGGCAAUUUUAUCAGCAUCCCUCAUCCUUCCGUCUCGAGCUUCACGGCCUGGUUCGAUGAGUUCCUGGGCACAGCAACGCUCGUCGGCUUCAUCUUUGUCUUUACCGACAGCAACCUCAACCCGGGCAGCAACCUGCCCUUUGCCCUCUUCCUCCUCGUCGCUGGCAUCGCUGUGUCCCUCGGUGCUCAGACGGGCUUUGCCAUCAACCCAGCUCGCGAUCUCGGCCCGCGCAUCGCUCUGUCGUUCCUCGGCUAUGGAUCCGAGCUCUGGAGUCACAAUAGCGCCUAUUGGCUCUGGGGCAUCUGGCUUUCAACGAUUCCCGGCGGCCUUGUCGGUGCAUUCGUUGCCGACUCACUCCUCUACACGGGCACCGACAGCCUCUUCAGCCCGAGGGUAACCCUCUAGGUACAGAAAUGAACGAUGGCAGAGCCAUCUCGUAUGUGGAAAAUCUUCCACGUCCCCAGUGUUGAGCCACUUCACACCACUCUCCCCCAAUCCACACCCUUUUCCCCAGUUUCGGUAUCACCAAGUUCCCCACACAUCCAAGUUCUCUUUCUUCUCCUCGUUCUCCUCCUCAUCGUCGUCCAGUGGUGGGAAUGGCAGGUC